AUGGACCCCGACGCAGUAGCUUCUCUGCUAGACGUGCUGACUGCGCGCAUCAGCGAACUCGAGGUUCAGACGAGGAUUCUCUGCGAAUUCCAUACUCUCCAAGAGUGCCAGAAGCAGGGUUGCUUAUUUCCUCAGCUCUUGGGGUCGAAAGCAAAGGCAGUCCGAAAGCACUAUGCCGGGUCCACCAAGCAGCACGUCUUGGUGAGUUUCGAUCAUGGGGGCGUCGGGCUGGACCCCUGGGCGUUCGACCUCUAUGUCAGGUUCCUGAAUGGCGAGUUUUUGGAAGUGACUACGAUGGCGGUCAGGAAUAUGAUAUUGGCGUUGGAGGCCAUGACUUCCGACGCUGGUGAUAGGCCGCAUUGGUACGAUGUGCAUAGCGGCGAGUUCAGCCCGCACACCUACGUGAGGAACGAGAUAGUGUCCAGGAUCGUGACGUUUCCGUUCCCUGAAGUGGUCGCUUUCGAUGGUCUGCUGAGGAAAUUCGUGCUCAGCUUCGAUGAGGCGACUGACGUACGAGAGAUUUGCUUCAUGAUUGAGCACAUCCUGGAGUUUCUGGGCGAGCGCGUCGAAGAAGAUGCUCUGGAUAUUUUCGAAAUCGCUCCGGAGGUGGCGCGCGUGGCAAACAUGCUUCUUGCGGGCGAUUUCGUGAGAGGGGAGGAAGAGGACCAAAUCUGGGACGAGGUGGCGUUCCAGAUGCGGUUCAGAAGCUCCUCGAGCCGCCGUAGGCUGAGGGAAGAGAUAGAGAGUGUGUUGAAAGCAGACUGCGGGAAUACGCACGUUGCGAAUGGAUUCUAUCAGGUGCUCAGGAAUCGCUUGGACGACCGCAUAUCGAGGACUUUGGAAGGAGCAAAGACCCUCGCUAUCUAUGCACAUGAGGCAAAGAAUGAGUCAUUCACUCCUACCGACGCGUCUAUGGUCGACUAUCUGGCCGGAAUCCAGACGCGCGAAGAUCUACAACUGCGUCCCAUGCACGAUCCAGCCUACAACAACUUCUUCGAUCGCAUUCGUCGUCGGCGAGCGAAAGCCGUUCCCAAACAGGUCCCAGCCGAGGAUGCCGGGAUGAAGCUCGUACCGGACGUCGAUUGGGGAGGUGGAGGUGGAGGUGGAGGUGGGGACUCCGACGGUUGGGGUGGGGGCGGUGACAAUUACAAUAAUCACCACAAUCCUGCAAAGACCGUGUCGAAAGGCGCCGGUCAUGCAAAGAGCGGCUCGAGGCAGAGCACAAAGAGCGUGUCGAAAGGCGCCGGUCAUGCAAAGAGCGCCUCGAGGGAGAGCACAAAGAGCGUGUCGAAAGGAGCCGGUCUUGCAAAGAGUGGAUCGAGGCAGAGUGCAAAGAGCGUGUCGAAAGGCGCCAGUCAUGCAAAGAGCGGCUCGAGGGAGAGCACAAAGAGCGCUUCAAAAGGAGCCGGUCUUUCAAAAGGCGCCAGUCAUGCAAGGAGUGGCUCCAGAGAUAUCGCUACUAAACGCGCGGUCAAGAGCGUCGUCGAGAUCCAGGAGCCUAGGACGCCGAUCCAACGCGCACGCAAGACGGUCGUCGGCGCGAUUGCGCCUGAGACUCCUCGACGCCAGACACCGGCCAGAAAGAGAACGCAGCCGGUGUGGGCCCGCGACUACGUCGAUAAUGGGACGAUAGAUCUUCGGAGGAUCAAGCGGGAUUUCGUGAGAGUCAGCGUACCGGAAACUUACAACAACCUGUUCCACGCCGUCCGUAUAGCUACCGGUGAACAGAAGACGGUCCAAAAACUUCGCGACCAGUGUGCGUUGCUGGCUAGCCGAGAGAACACAUUCGAGCCCAUAUACUUGCAGCAUAUGUCAGAAGAUGAUCUGAAGGAACACGUCGCAUCGCUGAAGAAGAGAGAGAAGGGUGGGGAGUUGGAGUUACGGGUGUUGGCGUUCAUCACUAAAUUCACGUUGUUCGUCAAGGAGGGUCAUGUGCUCAAAAAGUACAUCCCGGAGAUCUUCCCUGAUAUGGCCGGUCCCAGCCAGCAGAAUUACCCUCAAGCGGUUCUGGAAGUCAAGAGAUAUUACGACGUGUUGCGACCAAAGACGAAUGCUUGA